GGCGGGCAGCGCCGUCGCCCGGCUCCAGCCCGCGCGCCGGGCAUGCUCAGUAGCGCGGCCCGACUCCGCACCAGAGUCGGAAGCUGUGCUUUCCGUGCCCGGCGACUGACAGCGGCCACUCGGCGGAAUCACAUGUGCCCAGGCCCUCUUAAAGCCACAGGCACCCACUUGGCCCCCGCUGCGCCUGCCGUCCUCCUAGAAUAGCGGCGGAGGUUCGGCUCGGCUAGUGGGCUUUGGGGCGGACGCCCCCGGGGCCUGAGGGCGGCGGCCGCGCCCCCAGGGGCUGGCUUCUCCCUCCAGCGGACCGGGUGGGGUCGAGCGGCUAGCUCAGCUCGGGGCGGGGCAGGUCGGGGUGCGGGGCGCAGGUGACUGGGGUCCGGGAAAGAUGGAGCAGCCCGGGACGGCGGCGGGCCCCGGAGGCGAGGAGCCCGGCGGGGGCCGGAGCGGCAAGCGAAGCGCCGGGGGCCGGGCCGCUGGAGACGAGGAGACCAAGAACAAGCCCAAGCUGAACAUUCAAAUAAAAACUUUGGCCGAUGAUGUGCGAGACCGAAUUACAAGUUUUAGAAAAUCUGCUGUCAAGAAAGAGAAGCCUCUAAUUCAGCACCCGCUUGAUUCUCAAGUUGCCAUGACGGAGUUUCCAGCAGCACAACCAUUAUAUGAGGAGCGAUCCCUGAAUUUGUCUGAAAAGGAAGUGCUGGAUCUUUUUGAAAAAAUGAUGGAAGACAUGAAUCUAAAUGAAGAACGAAAAGCUCCCCUACGAGAUAAAGAUUUUGGCACAAAGCAUGAAAUGGUUGUCCAGUAUAUUUCUGCCACUGCCAAAUCGAUAGUUGGAAGUAAAGUUGCGGGAGGACUGAAAAAUAGCAAGCACGAAUGUACCUUAUCUUCCCAAGAAUAUGUCCACGAAUUACGGUCUGGCAUCUCAGAAGAGAAACUUCUUAACUGCCUUGAAUCUUUGCGGGUGUCCUUAACCAGCAAUCCUGUCAGCUGGGUUAACAACUUUGGCCAUGAAGGCCUUGGAGUCUUGUUGGAUCUACUAGAGAAGCUUCUGGAUAAGAAACAGCAAGAAAGUAUUGACAAGAAGAAUCAGCAUAAGCUUAUUCAAUGCCUGAAAGCCUUUAUGAAUAACAAGUUUGGGUUGCAAAGAAUUCUAGGUGAUGAAAGAAGCCUUUUAUUGCUAGCAAGGGCAAUUGACCCGAGGCAGCCCAAUAUGAUGACGGAAAUAGUAAAAAUACUUUCUGCUAUAUGCAUUGUUGGAGAAGAUAAUAUUCUAGACAAACUUUUAGGAGCUAUCACUACAGCAGCAGAAAGAAACAAUAAAGAACGAUUUUCACCGAUUGUGGAAGGACUGGAAAACCAUGAAGCCUUGCAAUUACAGGUUGCCUGCAUGCAAUUUAUAAAUGCCCUUGUUACCUCUCCUUAUGAACUUGAUUUUCGGAUACAUUUAAGAAAUGAGUUUCUCCGUUCUGGACUUAAGAAGAUGUUGCCAGGUCUGAAAGAAAAAGACAAUGAGGAACUUGACAUCCAGUUGAGAGUAUUUGAUGAGAACAAAGAUGACGACUUAAAUGAAUUAUCACAUCGUCUCAAUGACAUUCGAGCAGAAAUGGAUGAUAUGAAUGAAGUUUAUCAUCUUCUAUACAACAUGCUAAAGGACACUUCUUCUGAAAGUUACUUACUUUCCAUUCUACAACAUUUCUUGCUCAUCAGAAAUGAUUAUUAUGUCAGGCCACAAUAUUAUAAGAUCAUUGAAGAGUGUGUUGCACAGAUAGUGCUGCAUGGUAGUGGCAUGGAUCCAGACUUCAAAUAUCGCCAGAGAUUAGAUGUUGACUUUACUCACCUAAUAGAUGCAUGUGUAGACAAAGCUAAAGUAGAAGAAAGUGAACAAAAGGCAGCAGAAUUUUCCAAAAAGUUUGACGAGGAGUUCACGGCUCGACAGGAGGCCCAGGCUGAACUUCAGCGACUAGAGGACAAAAUACAAGAACUUGAAACGGAACUCCAGCAGCUCCGAACUCAGGGACAUGGACUUCCCGGUUCAUCAGGAAUUUCACUACCUCCGCCACCACCCCCAGUACCAGGUGGUGCUGUUCCUCCUCCUCCGCCGCCUCCUCCACCACUGCCUGGUGGAAUUCCUCCUCCUCCUCCCCCUCCUUUGCCUGGAGGAGCUGUACCACCAGCACCUCCUUUAUUUGGGGGACCUCCUCCUCCACCACCUCUGGGUGUUAUUCUUCCUCCUCCUGGAGCGCCUGCUUCCCUACCUUUUGGAAUGAAGCAAAAAAAAUUAUACAAACCAGAAGUGGCCAUGAAAAGAAUCAAUUGGUCCAAGAUUGAGCCACAGGAAAUAUCAGAAAACUGUUUCUGGUUAAAAGUUAAGGAAGAUAAAUUUGAAAAUCCAGAUCUCUUUGCAAAACUGGCACUCACUUUUGCUACACAGAUCAAAGUUAAAAAGAACAUCGAUGUCCCAGAAGAAAAGAAAGUUGCUCCCAAGAAGAAAGUUAAAGAACUGAGAAUUUUGGAUGGGAAAACUGCUCAGAAUCUGUCUAUUUUCCUGGGUUCUUAUCGUAUGUCUUAUGAAGAUAUAAAAAACAUCAUUCUGGAGGUGAAUGAAGACAUGUUGAGUGAGUCCUUAAUUCAUAACCUGGUAAAGAAUCUUCCUGAGCAGAAGGAACUUAGUGCCUUAGCCCAAAUGAAGAAUGAAUAUGAUGACCUCUGUGAGCCUGAACAAUUUGGAGUUGUGAUGAGCUCAGUGAAAAUGUUAAGACCUCGUCUCCAUAGCAUCCUUUUCAAGCUCACUUUUGAAGAACAUGUAAACAACAUCAAACCCGGCAUCAUGGCAGUAACUCUAGCCUGUGAAGAAAUGAAAAAAAGUGAAAGCUUUAAUCGACUUUUAGAGCUGGUACUCCUGGUUGGCAACUACAUGAACUCUGGCUCCCGAAAUGCCCAAUCGCUGGGUUUCAACAUCAACUUUCUUUGUAAGGUCAGAGAUACUAAAUCAUCAGAUCAAAAAACCACGCUAUUACAUUUUCUGGCUGAAAUUUGUGAAGAAAAAUACCGGGACAUCCUUAAAUUCCCAGAUGAAUUGGAGCAUGUUGAAAGUGCAAGCAAGGUUUCAGCUCAGACUCUCAAGAGCAACCUUGAUGCCAUGGAACAACAGAUUGCUCGCCUGGAAAGUGACAUUACCAAAUUCCCUAAGACAGAAGACAAGCAUGACAAGUUUGUGGAAAAGAUGACCAGCUUUGCAAAAAGUGCCAGAGACCAGUAUGAAAAGUUGUUCACCAUGCACAACAACAUGACGAAACUCUAUGACAAUCUUGGCGAGUACUUCGUUUUUGACACCAAAACAGUGGCAAUCGAUGAGUUCUUCGGUGACCUCAGCAGCUUCCGCACCUUGUUCCUGGAAGCAGUGAAGGAAAACAACAAAAGAAGAGAAAUGGAGGAGAAGAGCAAGAGGGCCAAGCUUGCCAAAGAGAAAGCUGAGCAAGAAAAGCUGGAAAGACAGAAGAAGAAGAAACAGCUGAUGGAGAUGAACAAAGAGGGUGAGACAGGUGUGAUGGAUAAUCUGCUGGAGGCCCUGCAAUCAGGUGCAGCCUUCCGAGAUCGAAGGAAGCGGAUACCGAGAAAUCCAGAUAACAGACGAGCACCUUUAGAAAGGUCACGUUCCCGCCACAAUGGAGCCAUCCCAUCUGCAUGAGUCCCGCUAGCCAAAGACCUUGGAAGCCAAGCAGCAUUUUGAGCAGAGUUCAGUGUGGACUUGAGUGGCAAAGAAGAAAGUAAAUAAAAUACAAGUUCUGUGUCUCUGUAAAUCUACUGCUAAGUCCCAAAGCCCCGUGAUUAUACUAAUAGGCACACAAUUACUACAGUCAGCAACCAGAGUGCUCGGUGUAAGGACUGGCAUUGAUGGUGUAUUCUCAGGUGAUCUGCUGAGGAGGGAUGGGUGAGGAAAGGAAGAAACUGGACACUGGAUAGAGAAGAAGAAAAGACAAACUUCUUCAAACCAGCAGCGAUGAGGUCCCAGUGACGAAGCAGAACAAAAAUGUGCCUCUUAAUGAAGACUGAGAACACAGCUUAAGAGAAGCCACCUUAGUGCUUGCACAACUCAAGUUAUUUAGAUUCUGGUCCCCAGGGAAAUCGAAUGGAUUCAUGUGCUUUUGCUGAAAUCCAACUUUUCAUCAAUCUAGAGUUUGUUACUGCUUAAAAAUAGUGCCCAAUUUUGAUGGAAUCAGCUCUAGAGGGUGUUUUAAACUUUAUUUAAAGGGGUAUUUUCUAAUUGUGCACAUAUAUAUGGAUACUUUAUACAGAUACUUUAUACAGAUAUUUUUGACAAAAAGCACUUCACAUUUUACUGUUUCUGCUAUGGAUGAUUUUAAUAGUUCUAUUAUCCUGAUUUCUGUCUUAGAGGAAAAAAGGAUUCUGCCUGCCCUUGCUUGGGGGUUGCCUUCUUCCUUGCUCCCCACGGGGCACUAUUAGAGGGCCUGCUAAGCCCAAGGCAGUGGAAAAUCCGAGCCUCCAUUUGGUUAGAGAGAAGUGCCAACAGCUACUCAUGUCCUCAUCUUGUCUACCCCAGACCUGCAUGCAUGGAACCUGGUUCCAGAAAUCCCCUGGCUGGAGGGGAACAUUAAACACAAUCCAACACUUAAAAUGAGAUGUUCCCUAUCUGAACAUUUUAGGAUCUGGUCACUGAAGGAGGAGGGCUUUAUUAUUAUUCUGGCCACAAAAACUCCCCAGAGUUUAUCGGCUUUUUGCAGGGAGUCCUCUUCUCUGUUCUCAAUGGUGUCUCCAGAAUAUAAUAGCUACGUUCCUUCAAGUUGUUUGGGUCUCCCAGGGCAAUGGAGAAAUGCUCAGCUAAACCUCACUUCUCUCCAGAGCAUUUCAGGUAACGGCAGGAUUUUCUCUUUUUGGAGGCAGGUGGUGGGUGCUGAAUCUUACAGCUCUAAAAGCCUUACUUCUCCUCAGUAGUCUGCCUGUGUAGACACAGCCUGCUACCCUAGGCAAACACAGGAUCCUGAAAGGUCAGUUGUGGAGUUUCAUUAACAGUAUCCUUAUCUGCCUUCCCUUGGCUGACAUACUCUACCACUUAAAUCAGAAGCAAUCCUCUCUCCUCAGAUAUGAUCACUGCUCUCACAUUCCCAAAGGAACAGCUCUCCAAGUCAACCGUUUAAAAAUUGAUAUUCUUAGGUUUCUUCCAGUCACAGACUUAAAAUAGAAACGCAUAUUUGUAAAAAAAAAUGCCAAGAGACAAAGAAUGGAUCUGUAUUUUCCCCUUCAAGAGACUAGACUUGCAUGUUGGUUUAGGCUCCAUUUGGGAAAUGUGUGGCAUGACACUUUUGGAAUUUGGUUAUGAAAUUCAUUCUUGUAAAUUAUGUGGUUAUUGUAUCAGAGUUCUAAAAGUGGGAAGGCCUAGAUGUUUGCUCAUAAAGACAACUGAUUUCUAAUAGUGAAAAAAUAAGGUUGGCCAUAGGUGAAGAGGAGAAUCACUUCAUCGACUUGAAAAGCAUCCAACCAGGUGACACAUUUGUAGAAGGGAGUCGAUUAAAGCUGCCUUUCCCUUCCCACCAGCUUUCCUCACUAGGGCGUGGGACGGGGAAGCUGUCAGAGGCAGAGGAGGACCUCCAGCAGCAUCUUGAGAUGCUUAUUUGUACAACUUUGUCCCUCUUUUUACCUUGUGAUUUUCAUAAGCAUAUCGGUUUUAUGGUUGAUAAGAGAACAUUAUCUUAAUUUCUGUAAACAUACAGUGCCUGUGUUGUAGAUUUCAGGAAGCCUUUCUGAAACUUCAUGCUGGGACUGCUUCAGGCCUUGGCUAGCUUUUCCGACUGCAGCACGUGCUGAUUUAAAUGGUCGCCCUGACUGCCGGGGAGAGAUUUUGCCAUGUAAUGGAGCUUGUGAUGCCAGGAGGAGGACAGGAGUACCAUGUGCAUAUAUCACCUUUCUAAGACAUGAAUUUGCCUUAUUUUCUAGCAUUCAAAAGAACUGAAUCAAAGAAUUAUUAUUGAUACAGUCUAUAUUUGUAUUCAGAGCAAUCCCAAAUGCCUUCCUCAACCAAGGACCAAUCUUUUAGGGCCUGUUGUAAAGUUCAAGCAAAAUGAUUGAGCAAGUAUUGUUUCUUAACGCCACAGUGAUCCCACUCCCACUGUCUGCUGCCAAGGCACAGAUCAAAAAAUAUCACAAAAGAAGAAGUAACCAGAGAAUCUAAUGAUACUGAAAUCUUAUGUUUAGUAUAUUACUGCUAAAAGCAACAGGCCCAUUGAUGCAGAUUUUCCACAGAAUACUCACAAAACUGCCCCAAACCCUUCUACUGCUUGUUAAUUAUAGCAUAUAAAUAUAGUUCAACUUUUUCUAAGUCGUUCUUGGUACUCUCAAGCCAAAUUGAGGUCAUCACUAAAAAAAACCCCAGUCGUUAUCUGCACAUACUACUUUGCAUGUUUCCAUGUUGAAUGCGUGCUCUUGGCCGUGCUGAGUAUGUGUGUGUCCUGCUAUGGCCAUACAGUGGCAAACCAAUUGAUUUUCCCUACUGCAUUUGAUGGGUAACCCUGUGCCUCCUUUUGUGGGCCACAAUAGAACCACCAACUACCUCUGCAAUCAAGGCUGACUUCCGAGGCUUGGAAGCCCCGAGGCUGUGCUGAGUUACUGGUGAUUACUUAGUACGUACCAUGUGGGAAAAUGCUUUCAUUUCAGCUAAGAAUAAAAACUGUAUCUAGUCAGUGCCAUGAAUAGUUUGGGGGGAAAAAAACCAACCUUCAUGUGAUAAUACACACUUACUAUUCAAUAAAAUCAACUAUGAUACAUAGUAA